GGAAGGGACUGUAUUCUGUAUAGGGGCUGUAGCCACCGCCAAGUUUGAAGGGAUCCCGACAGCUCAUAGAAUUCUUCGAUCCUAAUUAUCGCUAAUAAUUUAUUCAGUAAUAUAAGACAUGCUUGAGCGUACAAUAGGAAAGAGGGGGCGAUGCACAUCUGUCCAUGUAAAAAAACAGAGAAACAAUAAUGUGGAGGCAGAUAAGAUAAGCCAACUACCAGAUGAAAUUCUGGUGUCAAUUGUGUCUCGCUUGCCUGUGGAAGAAGCAGCAAGGUCUAGUGUCCUUUCACGUAGGUGGCGAAAAGUUUGGACUUUUAUUCCCAUCUUGAAUUUUGAUCCUUCAAAGGCUCUACUUGCCAUUAAGGAACAGAGAAAAAGAGGAUUUCUUGAUCAGCGAAUGGUUUGUGCGGAAAGGCAGAAAUAUAUCAAUUGGGUAAAUCUUGUCUUAGAGGCAUAUCAGGGAUCAGCUAUUGACGAAUUUCAAGUUGAAUUUGAUUUGGAAAAAAAAUUAUAGACGGGACAUUGACAAAUGGGUUAAAUUUGCAUUUGAGAAGAAUGUUAAACGACUUGUUAUGAACUUUGACAGGGACGAAUUUGGCUUGAGGCCUGGAAAUAGUUACCCUUUCCCCACAUUAUGUAACUCUCUAAAGAGACGGCGUUCACGUACUGUGGGGUUUCCUGUUUGCAGAUCCCUCAGGGAUCUUCAGCUAAAUUGGGUAGAUAUUAGUGGAGUUGUUAUUGAACACUUGUUAUCAUCUUGCCCCUAUCUUGAACAGUUAUCCAUAGAAAAUUCAGAUUCUCUUGUUGAUCUAAAUGUCACCGAUCAAUCACCUCGAUUGAAGCACUUGAAGAUAGUUGGUUGCCCCGAAUUGGAAAGCAUAUAUCUCUCCACAACAAGUCUUUUGUCGUUCAACUAUUUUGGUCAGAUAAUUCAUAUCUCGUUUGUGAAUGUCCCCAACCUUGUUAAAGUAUCUGUUGGAGGGAAGUAUUCUGAUUCUAUCAUCAGUAACUUUGCUCAGCUUUCAAACUAUGUAUUUCGUCUAGAGACGCUUACACUACAUUCUAGACUAUUUGUUCAAAUUGGGGAGUGGGAGGAGGAGGGAAGUACAGUGCAUCUCAAAUUUCCUAUGUUGUCACACCUAAAGAAUUUGAAAUUGAUAGUUUCUGCAUACGAUUCUCAGAGUCUUCUUGCUUUUGCUCCCUUGCUGAAGGCAUCUCCUUCCUUGCAUAGUUUUGCAUUGGAGUUAGAGGUGUAUUCUUGGCUUGGUUUGACGAUGGUAGAAAAGGCCCCAAAAUGUCCACUUCUGUGCCUUAAAGAGGUGGAAAUUGUUGGCUUCGUGGGUUGGGAUAUCGACAUGGAAUUUGUUACGUUUUUGAUUGAGAAUGCCAUUAUGCUAGAGAAAAUCGUCAUUGAUCCUCUGGUUCCAUUAGAGGGCUCCCGGUUGACUGAGGAGGAAGUGAAGGAGAGAAAGGAGUUCCUGAAGACGAAAGCCAUCAGAAAGCGUGCAAUGCGACUCAAAUCUAAAUUUUCUCUUGGGGACAAACUAGUGCUCCGUAAUUUUUGAAGUUAAAUUUUUUUUUUUAUUCAAAAUUUUUAAUAUAUGAUAAAGUUUAUUUUUCUGUACUUUGGGUGGUCACAUUAAAUUAUCUCAUUCCUAUGUAGGUGCUGGCAUUUGUGUGUAGUUGGUGUUCGAUAUAGUAAUGACUAAUGAUGAUAGGCUUGAUGCAUUACUUGAAGAAGGUAGCAUUGCUUUUGUUUAAAAUUUCUAAAUUGAUGUGGUUCUGUUGGUUCUUUU